CACCCCCCGCACCGGAUCCCGCCACCACCUCGCCGCGGCGCGCCGGCACCCCACCUCCCCGCCGACGCGCCGCGCCCCCGAGCGCCCGAGCGAGCCGCCGGGGCCGAUCUGCACCCCCCGUCCGAUGCGCCGCCCCAAUGCCCGCGGCGAGCCCAAGGAACAAACCCUAGCUCCCGCCCCCUCCCCCGCCGCCCCGAUCAAGAUGGGCUCCCAGCGGCGGCAGCCCAGCAGCUCCCGCCGCCGCGUCACCGGCGCCCUCGCGCUCCUCGCCGCGUCCGCGCUCUCCCUGCUCCUCCUCGCGUCCCGCUCGGUACCCCCGAGGUACGGCGUCAUCAUCGACGCCGGCAGCACGGGGAGCCGCGUCCACGUCAUCGCCUACCGCACCGGUCCGGGCCGGGGCUUGCCCCCGCAGCUGGACUGGGCGCGCACGGCCUCGCUGAAGGCGAACCCGGGGCUGUCGUCCUUCGCGGCGGAUCCCGACGGCGCGGGGCUGUCGCUGGCCCCGCUGGUGGAUUUUGCGCGGCGCCGCGUGCCGCGGGAGAGGUGGGCGGACACCGAGGUGCGGCUCAUGGCCACUGCAGGGCUCCGGCUUCUCGAUGCCGCGGUGGCGGAGUCCGUUCUGGAGUCAUGCAGGGGCGUGCUUCGCCAAUCAGGGUUCCUGUUUCAGGACAAAUGGGCCACCGUGAUCUCAGGGGCUGAGGAAGGGAUAUACGCGUGGGUUGCAGCAAAUUAUGCAUUGGGGACACUAGGCGGUGAUCCACACGACACCACUGGGAUAAUUGAGCUUGGUGGGGCUUCUGUUCAGGUGACUUUUGUUACGGGUGAGCCUUUGCCUCCGGAAUUCUCUCAUGUGCUUAAGUUUGGUGAUGUCUCAUAUAAUCUGUACAGCAACAGCUUUUUGCAACUUGGUCUGAAUGUAGCAUACGAGUCACUCCAUGACUUGCUCAGCUCACCUGGCCUUAAAUCAAUGGCCACACAUUUAAUUACUCAAACGAAAUACAAAGAUCCUUGCACACCAAGGGGGUUUACGAGUAUGGUGGGAUCAGUUAAACUUCCUGUUAGUGUUCUUGAUCCAAAGGUUGGGUACAGACCUUUUGCUCAUGCUGUGGGGAACUUCUCUGAGUGCAGAUCUGCAGCACUAACACUAUUGCAAAAAGGAAAAGACGGAUGUGCAUAUCAUGAAUGCCGCCUUGGAGCGGCAUUUGUACCAGAGCUGGAAGGGAAAUUUUUGGCAACGGAAAAUUUUUACCAUACUUCAAAGUUCUUUGGUCUGCAUUCAAAGUCCUUCCUUUCUGAUCUGAUGGUGGCUGGGGAGAAGUUUUGCCAUGGGGAUUGGUCAAAGAUUAAGAAGAAGUACAGUUCUUUCGAUGAGGGAGAGCUGCUUCUCUUUUGUUUCUCGUCAGCAUAUAUUAUUGCUUUACUACAUGAUUCUCUAAAAAUGCCGCUGGAUCAUAAGAGGAUUGAUGUUGUAAAUCAAAUCCACGGUGUGCCUGUUGACUGGGCAUUAGGUGCUUUCAUUGUGCAAACAGCGUUGAACCGGACAGACUGUGGUUGUAUUUACAGCAUUCUCCAUCCUGAGGUGGAGAAGGCCUCAGCUGAAGACGAUCUACGACAUGGAGAAAGGCCGGUACAUCAUAACCAGGGUCAGCCGAUGAGCUUCGCACGUCGGCGCUGGGAAUGGGUGGACUUUCUGCAGCGGAGCACCAGCAACCGUGUAUGUAGAUUUUCGUAAAUUGAUUUUUUACCCGUUGGCCAACCAUGCACCGUCGCACGGCCUUGCAGAAUUAACCGGAGUUCAAGCAGCAGCCCUUGUGUAUGAUAGGACGAUCUGGGUUGCGGCAGCAUUCUUGCUCGCUCUGGGACGUGUUAUUCCUGAACUGCUGUUGAUGUAAUUACAGUUUUGUGCAUGGGCGGUCAUGAUACAUAGAGCCGGCAAAACGGUUUUCCUUCUUGUGAUGUAAUCCUGAGAUCUCAAUGAUCAAUAGAAGUUCUCUGCCACGGAUGUCUGGCCAGUUGUAUCUUCA